GAAUUCACCGCUGAGGCCGGAGACAGCGCAGGCCCUGCUGGAUCAAGCGACGCGCUCAAACUAAUCUAUUUCCGAUCGCCGAAAGAUCAGCUGAUUCCGUGUGGCCACUACGAUCCGGAGCGUCUGCAGCUCCAGUCGGAGACGUCUCUCACGCAACUGAAUACGGAGGUCUUCGGCUAUGCGCGGGUUGAUCGCCAGAAGGAGACUGCUAUUGGAGUCUCCGUGGCACCCUGCCGGUUUAUCAGACAGAAAAGAUGA